UUUUCCGCUGGUAUGGAUGUAAUUAUUAGUAUGUUUCAGUUGGAGGUUGGUUGUUAUUUCUUAUUCACCAAAGGUUUUGGACAUUUUUUCUAUUUGAAAGUCUUUGGAAAAAACGGUGUUGAAAUCACAUAUCCUAACUUAGAUUUUCAUGAGAUUGAGGUUGCACCUAUAGAUGUUGAUAAUGAAGUUGAAGAACAAAUACAUGGUGGUGUUACUCGGUUUGUUCGUACGGCUGGUGAAGAUUAUUUUAGAAUUCCUGAUCACGUUUCACGCAUGGCUAAGCUUCAUGAAGGGUUAAAAGAUUUGACCAUAAAUUUUUUGCAUCUGGACCCGCCACUGCAGAUUACUAACAGUACUAGACGUGAAAGAAGAACCAAUGGUCGUGGUUAUCGAUACGCUUUAACCUCUUGGAAGAAGUUCAUGAAAGCCGCUCAAAUUAAGGUCCGUGACGAGGUUCACUUUUCUUUUGAUGAAAAUGAGCAGGUCUUGACUAUUGAGAGGGUUGUACCUUACGUUAACCGUAGUAAUUAG